GUAUGAACUACUCUUGCCUCACUUAUAACAAGUUGUGCGGAAAUGUUUGGGGCUUUUUUUCAAAUUCGCCUGCGUUGGCGCCGGUGAGUCACGACAGGUCGAGCAAGUGACGAGGUGUCAAGUUUCGGUUUUUUUACUGGUGACUCCGGAGUCGUUCUUGCCGUGUGAGAAACGAUUCGUGAAGACGUUCGCAUUACGCAGUGAGCAAAUCUGGAUAACUUCAAGGAAUGAUCUAUCCCUCCAUCCAUCCACGUGCUUAGCAAUGGCCCCCAAGUACGACGGCCUGUCCCACUGCAAGCUGGCCCUGGUGUUUGCGGUGCUGAUGGACCUGCUGGGCGUGACGUCCCUGCUGCUGGGUGUCUUUGCGCCGCUGGAGAUCCGAGGAAGAGACUUUGGGGAUUUCCUGGUGUACUCGGGAGCCCUGUUGGUGCUGCUGUCCUUGGCAGGCUGGGUCUUGUGGUACAGCGGCAACAUUGAGGGCUUGACCUCCAGCAAGGAGCUGGGGGGCGCCAUGGGCGGCGCUGUGGACCGCCUGGCCCGAUCCCUGAGCAGGAGGAUACGGCUCCCCAGGACUCACAGCAGUCCCACCUAGACACGCGCACGCUGCCUGAGGCAAAGGAGGGCCACUGUGUACAAGGACAAACGGCAGUUGCAAUGCAAUAUGUUGCAAUGCGUGUGUGUGUGUGUGUGUGUGUUUUUAAGGCUACAAACACGUGUUGCAUGAUAUUCUGUGUCGUCAUCAUCAAAAGUAAAACAAGCCAAAACUGAAGCUUGGGAAUAAAUCUUAUUUGUAAUUUUAAUGUA